UCUUUCUCCGGUGGCUUGCAACCAGAGAGAACCAUGAAGUGGCUGCUGCUACUCAGCCUGGUGGCACUCUCGGAGUGCCUGCACAAGGUCCCCCUCUUCAAAAAGAAGUCCCUGAGGAAGACGCUGAUAGAGAAUGGCAAGCUGGAGGAGUUCCGGAAGCAUCACAAAUUCAACCCGGCCAACAAGUACCUCCCCAGCGAGGCGGCCGCCGUGCUGUACUCCCAGGCCCUGGAGAACUAUGCGGACGUGGAGUACUUCGGCACCAUCAGCAUCGGAACCCCACCUCAGGAGUUCACCGUCAUCUUUGACACCGGCUCCUCCAACCUGUGGGUGCCCUCCGUCUACUGCAUCAGCGAAGCCUGCACCAACCACGACCUCUUCGAUCCCUCGGAGUCGUCCACCUACCAGUCCACCGAUGAGACCAUCUCCAUCACCUAUGGCACCGGCAGCAUGACAGGCAUCCUGGGAUAUGACACCGUCCAGGUUGCAGACAUCAGCGACACCAACCAGAUCUUCGGCCUGAGCGUGUUAGAGCCCAGCUCCUUCCUGUACUACGCUCCCUUCGAUGGCAUCCUGGGCCUGGCGUAUCCCAGCAUCUCAUCCUCUGACGCCACACCCGUCUUUGACAACAUAUGGAACCAGGGUCUGAUUUCCGAGGACCUCUUCUCCGUCUACCUGAGCUCCGAUGAUGAGAGUGGCAGCGUGGUAAUCUUCGGUGGCAUUGAUUCUUCCUACUACACUGGAGACCUGACCUGGAUCCCUGUUUCUUCUGAGGGUUACUGGCAGAUCGCCAUGGACAGCGUCACCAUGAAUGGAAAGACCAUCGCUUGCUCCGGGGGCUGCCAGGCCAUCGUGGACACCGGGACCUCUCUGCUGGCCGGCCCAGUCAGUGCCAUCACCAACAUCCAGAGCGACAUCGGAGCCAGCGAGAACUCCGACGACGAGAUGGUGGUCAGUUGCUCGGCCAUCGACAGCCUGCCUGACAUCGUCUUCACCAUCAAUGGCGUGAAGUUCCCUCUGCCUGCCAGCGCCUACAUCCUGCAGGAGGACGACGAAUGCAUCAGCGGCUUUGAGGGCAUGGACCUCUCCACUUCCUCCGGAGAUCUCUGGAUCCUGGGCGACGUCUUCAUCCGCCGGUACUAUGUCGUCUUCGACAGGGCGAACAAUCGGGUCGGCCUGGCCCCCGUGGCUUGA